GGAAUGGACAAAUGAAUAUGACCUUCUAUUUUGACUACAAACCUACGCAGAAAGGUCCGAAGGUUAAUGGGAAAAUUUUCAAUUCAACCGUUUCAUUUAUGAAUCUGAUUCAACUCAAACUCCAGCUUAUUAAACUGGAAACGUGCGUGGAAGAAGAAGAAGGAAUUCUUUAUUCCUAUUCAUCGCAAGAAGAGAAGACGCACCAGAUUGAUUACUGAUUAAGAAGGGAGGCGGAGUACCAAAUCCAAUUCUUUUCCAACUGAUUUAAGGACUACUAAGGAGGAGGAGGAGGUUUAUUUAUACUAUCAUUUAGUAUAAGAAAUUCGGCCCCGGAUUGAGAGGGAGAGACGUAUUUUUAUGUGCUCUACACUACUACGCAUCUUUAAGAUUAUGUGGUGAGUGUGCUCUGAUUGCUUGUGGAUUCUUAGAGAAGACUGCUUCUGUGCUUUGGGCUGCCAAUUUCUUGGUAGCGAUAGCAAAAAUUUGGUUACCUUUGUCUGCGAACAGUUCAAUCUGAAAGCUUCCAAGUUUCUGUAGCAAUGUUACAGAGAUUUAAGAUACAUGUUACUCACAAGUGCCAAUAGACUUGUCUACCGGCUCAGAUACUUUUCUGUUGCAUCAAAGGUUGUGGUGCUUCUUUAUGUCUUCCUUAUAACAACUGUAUCGUGCUGUUACAAUUGGUUGUUCCUGUAUAAACGGGUUUCAGAGAGGGGGAAGUUUAUUCUCUCUAUGAUGCAGCAGUCAAAAACUCAUAUGCAAGCUCAACGCAAUUCUGCAGAUCAUUGUAAUGGAGAACUAGAUCCUCAACAUGUAGCAUACUCUCUGGGUUAUGUAAAUGCAAAUGCAAAUGUGAGGUCUUCAGAGCAAAACAUUUCAGAAGUUAAGCCUGUGCGUAAUUACUCUAUACAAACAGGUGAGGAAUUUGCUUUUGAGUUCAUGCGUGAUCGGGUUAAUCCCAGUAAGAAAUUUGUUUCAUAUGUUAAUGGGGAUCCCCUUUGUACACCUAGUUAUUUGGAUCUGAAAGGCAUUUUAGGCAUUAGUCAUACUGGAUCUGAGAGUGGGCCAGAUAUUUCUGCGGUUGAAAAGGGGUCAAAAGUGCUUGAGCCAAAUAAUUCUUCACCGUAUGAGAACAAAAGCUACUAUGUAUCUGCACAAUCAUUUCCAAGAACUUCAUCAGACUACAACAACUAUCAAACCCUUGCUUAUACAUUGUCUGGAGCAUCUGAUGGCUCAUCAAUAAAGCUGAAGAUCCUCUGCAGCUUUGGGGGUAAAAUCAUACCCCGUCCAAGUGAUGGAAAGCUCAGGUAUGUUGGGGGUGAAACUCGCAUGAUCCGCAUAAACAAGGACAUUGCAUGGCAGGAAUUGCUGCAGAAAACAAGUGCGAUUUAUGACCAAACUUAUUCCAUUAAAUACCAGCUUCCUGGGGAGGAUCUUGAUGCCUUAGUUUCUGUGUCUAGUGAUGAGGAUUUGCAGAAUAUGAUGGAGGAAUGCAAAGUACUAGAAGAUGGAGAAGGAUCAAAUAAGCUUAGAUUAUUUCUCUUCUCCAUUAGUGAUCUGGAUGAUGCUCAUUUUAGUAUAGCGAAUUCUGAUGGUGGUUCUGAGUUUCAGUAUGUAGUAGCCGUCAAUGGCAUGGACAUGGGAUUGAGGAAAAGCUCAACUCUGAAUGGUCUGGCAAGUUGUUCCGCAAACAACUUGGAUGAGUUAGAUGGGUCAAUUGUUGAGGAGACAAAUAGAGCUGCAGCUGGCUAUGUUGGUGCUGGUACCUUUCCUUUGGCUGACUUUGAUGUAUCAUUAUCAACCACUGAACCUUCUCAACUUGUUCUACCAAAUACCUCCAAUCCUUCUGCAACUGAUUCGCACUUUUAUCAUGGACAAAUGCUGCAUUACAAUGAAAAUAGGCAGCAAUCCAUGCAAUAUAAGUUGCACCCGGACCAUUUAUCACCUGUUGAUGGUGCUGUUCAAUGGCAAUUUCAUGGGCAUGUAGGUCAACAAAAGGGCUUUGUAGAGCAGCUGUUGGAGGGUGCAAAUAAAGAGAUGCAACUUAAAGAGGCGAAGCUGAAAGUUGGUGGUACUGCCUACCAAGAAGGUGAGAGUGCAAGUGAUCAGUUACUAGUAAAUGAUCACCUUUUCUCCUCAAAACGAUCUAAUGAUAACAUAAAGGACUUUGUUCCUGUUGAUGAAGCAUCAAUCGUGUUCCCUAACCUGGACAGAGAAUCUCCUUUAAUGUCAUCAAAGAAUGAGGAGAAGGCAAAGGAUCAUCCACAGGUCACGUCACUGGCAGAUGCUGCUAAUUCAGAUCAGGUAGGUAGACCAAGUGGUGACUAUUAUGCUGGAAGUGGUAUUGCUACUGAAUCUGGUCCAAUUGAUUUGAGCUACUUCGAGCCUUCUGCUUCUUCACAUAGUGUCUUUCGUUCUGAACGAAUCCCAAGAGAGCAAGCAGAGCUACUUUACAGGUUGUCCAAGUCAGACAAUUCACGUAGUUCUCAGUUUCUUAUGACACAUUCACAUGCAGAUAUUCUGGAGCUGGAGUUAAUUGCAGAAUCAGUUCAGAGAUCCCAAACUGAAAAGUCCAAUAUGCAGAUAGAGCAAGGCAUUUCUGCCGAUCAUCCUGGUUUUGUUGAUUCUCAAACCACUGUUGAUGGACAGAUGACACUUUCAAAGAUGAAGCAGACUGUACCUAACUCUGUUGAUGCCAAAGAUGAUGAUCACAAGAAUCAGGGUCUAAUUGCUGACCGUGAUAUGAGUCGUGUCAAGUAUAAUGCUCAGAAUCUCCUGGUCGAUGACAUAGCCGAAGCUAAAUCUGAAGUUAGUUUUGUGAACAGAGUGGAUUCUGGAAAACACCCAGAACAUCCAGUAUGUAGUCUUCCUGAAGCUCAUAGGGUAGACAAGGUUGUUAGUGAGACCAUGACAGAUAAUGCGCAUGGGCAUUCUUCUGCUUGGAUAGGGAGCUCAACAAAGGAUAUUAAUCAUGGGGAGACAUCAGAUGCUUCUAGACCUGAGCAGCCAGAUAUUCUUAUUGAUAUAAAUGACAGAUUUCCUCGUGAUUUCCUUUCAGACAUUUUCUCAAAGGCCAUUCUUUCUAAUAGCCCUGCAGACGCUGGACCACUCCAGAAGGAUGGAGCUGGUACGAGUCUGAACGUUGAAAACCAUGAACCUAAGCACUGGUCAUUCUUCCAAAAAUUGGUUGGGAAUGAUUUUGCACGAAAGGACGUGUCUCUAGUUGACCAAGACCAUACUGGAUAUUUGGCUGGACUGCCAAAAGUUGACGAAGAAGCUUCUGUAGCUUAUUGUUUUGAUCCAUUGACACAGGAGGGAAUUUGUUUAGGCCAUGUAGAUACGGGUGGAAAUUUUGGAGAAGAUGACCGAAAAGAAUCACCAUGUACAAAUGCAGCUGAAGCUGUAGUUUCUCAUUCUGAUUACCACCCAUCUAAUGUGCAAAUCAGUGAAGCCAUACAGUAUGAUGAUUUGACAGAUCAUACAAGAUUAGAAGGCUCGGAAUAUGAGGACGGACAAAUAGACAUUGGUUUGCCGAAUCUCGAUCCGUUUUUGGUGGAUAUUGAUAUAGACUCUCUGCAGCUCAUAAAUAACAAAGAUCUUGAGGAACUAAGGGAACUUGGUUCUGGCACAUUUGGAACAGUCUGUCAUGGGAAAUGGAGAGGAACAGAUGUUGCAAUCAAAAGGAUAAAGAAGAGUUGUUUCAUUGGUCGAUCUUCAGAGCAGGAAAGAUUGACCAUAGAGUUUUGGCGAGAAGCUGAAAUUCUGUCAAAGCUUCACCACCCAAAUGUGGUGGCCUUUUAUGGUGUGGUGCAAGAUGGGCCUGGAGGGAUACUUGCUACGGUAGCAGAAUAUAUGGUUGAUGGUUCUUUAAGGCAUGUUUUACUGCGAAAGGAUAGGCAUCUUGAUCGUCGGAAGCGGCUUAUUAUUGCCAUGGAUGCAGCCUUUGGAAUGGAAUAUUUGCAUUCAAAGAACAUUGUGCAUUUUGAUUUGAAAUGCGAUAAUUUACUGGUCAAUUUAAAAGAUUCUUCACGACCUAUAUGCAAGGUUGGUGAUUUUGGUCUUUCAAAAAUAAAAAGGAACACUUUGGUUUCUGGUGGAGUUCGGGGAUCACUUCCUUGGAUGGCUCCAGAGCUUCUGAAUGGUAGCAGCAAUAAGGUUUCUGAAAAGGUUGAUGUUUUCUCGUUUGGUAUUGUUCUGUGGGAGAUUCUGACUGGUGAGGAGCCUUACGCCAACAUGCAUUAUGGAGCAAUUAUAGGAGGUAUUGUAAACAACACAUUAAGGCCAUCCAUUCCAAGCUUCUGUGAUCCUGAAUGGAGAAAUUUAAUGGAGCAAUGUUGGGCCCCCAAUCCUGUUGUGAGGCCGUCUUUCACUGAAAUUGCUGGUCGAUUACGUGGAAUGUCAGCUGCUGCCCAGGCGAGGACACCUGUUAAUAGGGCGUCUAACUAACGGGCUGAAACCUUUUCUAUAAUUGUUUCAAAGGACAGAAAAUAUGCUCACAACCCUGGGGUAGUGACUAGCGAGUUGAAAACCCCUCCCCCUACCCCUGUCCAACCCCGUAAAACCAAAAGAAUAAAUGAAAGAUAAGAGGAAAAGUAGACUAGAUAUAAAAAUUCCUUUAGACUAGGUAUAAAAAUUCCUUUCACAGAUUCAUUUGACAAUUUGUUCUCUCAAUUGUUUCCGGUAAGUAAAUGCACUAUGAAUUCUGACUGGAAGCAAAUGUCCAGGAAAUAGUAUACAUGCCUUUUUUUUUAAGAUUUUUUGGGGAGCUGGGAAUACAAGACUUGAUACUUUCACAAGUGCUGUGCUAUUGUAGGAAGGGGUCUUAUAUUUAUUGUCUU